AUGGCUGCAAGAGUAAGGGUUGGUAUCAAUGGCUUCGGACGUAUCGGAAGACUCGUCACCAGAGCUGCAAUUGAGAAUCCUCACGUAGAAGUAAUUGCAAUCAAUGAUCCUUUCAUGGAUCUUGAAUACAUGGUCUACCAGUUUAAAUACGACUCCGUCCAUGGCAGAUUCCCAGGCACAGUCGAAGGCAGAGACGGCAAACUUGUCAUUAACGGGCAUCAAAUCACUGUAAUUGCUGAAAAAGAGCCAACUCGUCUCCCUUGGGGCACCCUCGGCGUCGAUUACGUUUUGGAAUGCACUGGAAUUUUCACUCAAUUAGACAAAUGCAUGCUCCAUGUCCAAGCUGGCGCUAAGAAAGUUAUCCUUUCAGCCCCUCCAAAGGACGACAUUCCUAUGUUUGUGAUGGGGGUUAACCAUACAAGCUACCAUUCAGAGCUCCACGUAGUGUCCAAUGCUUCAUGCACAACCAACUGUUUGGCUCCUUUGGCCAAGGUCGUAAAUGAUUCCUUUGGCAUUGUAGAAGGGCUCAUGACCACAGUCCACGCUAUGACUGCAACUCAACUUACUGUUGAUGGACCUUCAAAAGGAGGAAAAGACUGGAGAGCUGGCAGAGCUGCAGGCGUUAACAUUAUCCCAUCAACCACUGGAGCUGCAAAAGCAGUCGGAAAAGUGAUCCCUGAGCUAAAUAACAAGCUUACUGGGAUGGCUUUCAGAGUUUCUAACCCAGACGUCUCAGUUGUAGAUCUCACUGUCAAGCUGGCAAGGGAAGCAACCUAUGCAGAAGUGGUCGGUGCUCUUAGAGCAGCCGCUGAAGGACCUAUGGCAGGAAUUCUCGGAGUAAUUGACGAAGAAGUGGUCUCUUCUGACUUUAUCCAUGACAGUCACUCAUGUAUUUUUGACGUCAAGGCUGGAAUUGCCCUUAACAAGACUUUCAUGAAAUUAAUUGCAUGGUACGAUAACGAGUGGGGAUAUUCUAACAGAAUGGUUGACCUUGCUGUCCACAUGGCCAAGACAGACGGCUUAUCAGCUUAA